AUCAAGACAAAGAGCCGUGUACAAAUUGUACCGUUGUUCAACUUGUACAACUUUACCCUAUAGUUUAGAUAUAAGAGUGUCUUUUCUCAUUCAAUAACUUAACUACUUAAUCUACAUUUAUUUUCAGUCAUAUUGAAUGUGAUGAGUAUUGUGAUGUUCCUUUUUGGAAAAGAAAGAGAUAUUUGGUAUUCAUUCUAACAUGUUUCGGAUUCCUAAAUAUUGCCUUCAUGAGAAACUGCUUUAGUGUGGUUAUUCUGGAAAUGACUGCGGAGAAAAACAUUCAACUUGAGAAUGGCACCUGGACGUUGAAACGGGAAUUUGAAUGGGAUUCUAAGAUGCAGGGCUACAUUCUCAGCAUUUUUUCCUACGGAUUCAUAAUAACUCAAUUCCUAGGAGGACUAAUUUGUGCGAAAUUCGGAGGGAUUAGGGUACUUUCAGCAGGUGUUGGUAUGACUUCGAUUAUGACUCUGGCUACACCUGUAGUAUCCCAAUAUGGAUACAAAUGGGUCAUGGCGUUACGUUUUCUUCAGGGACUUUUGGAGGGACCAGGCUACCCCUGUAUUUUGUACCUGGUUGUGCGAUGGGCCUGUAUUGAGGAGCGUAGCAGAAUGACUUCCAUUGCUCUAUCCGGAGUUUACGUUGGCAAUGUUCUGAACCUUCCAGUAACGGGUGCCAUUGUCGUCAACUAUGGCUGGCGUGCAGCUUUCUACAUUUUUGGAUCAUUAGGCUUCAUAUGGGCAGUAUUGUUCGUGAUUGUUGUGAAAUCUAGUCCAGAAGUUGAUCCGUUCAUCUCUUUGAAGGAAAAAAUCUUCAUUCAACAGAGCCUCAGUAGCAUCUCACACACAUCAAGUACUAACUAUAAAAUUCCAUUAAGGGCCAUUCUGACUUCUUCAGCCGUUUGGUCAAUUGCUUUAAUCAGUUAUUCAACUGCAUGGGGAGGCACGAUAUUCUUCAAUCAACUUCCCAGAUUCUUCACAGAUAAAAUGAAUUUAAGUAUCGAUGAAGCUGGCUACGUAUCUGCUAUACCCUUCAUCUUUGGAAGUUUAUCCUUUAUCUCUUCGGGACUACUUUUGGACACACUCAUACAAAAAAAGAUCCUUACCGUCUAUCAGUGUCGUCGACAUCUUUCUUUCUUGGCUGUCUUCGUCGAAUCAAUCUUCAUAGUUAUUGCUGCGCAAAUGACAAAUUUUUGGAGCUUUAUUGUAUUACUGACAUUAGGCGUACUUUUGGAACCUAUAGCUAUCCUGAAUUAUACAGUGAACAUAGCAGAACUGUGUCCUGUCUCUGCACCAACAAUAUUGUCAAUUGCAACAAGUUUUACAGCAACUGCUGGAAUGGUUACACCAAUCUUUGUUGGAUACGUUACUCAAAAUAAGGAAUAUUUAGAAUGGCAAAUUGUGUUUUACACAAUUUCUGCAUGGUGCUUAGUUUCAUCGUCAAUUUACUGGAUCUUCUGCAGGACAGAUAUUCAACCUUGGUCACCUAUCAAAAACAAUGAUAAUGGGAGCACUGUAAAUCCUUGAAAAUUUUAAUACAGCUUCUCUUAAAGAGAAUUUUGCCAUAAAA